ACCAAUCUUGGCUUGAAAGAAAUGCAAAGAAAAUAGUCAAACUUUAGAAGCUCAAGCAACAACCUUUAAUUCCAACUCAAUUGUGAAAUCAAAUGGUAAUAACUAAUAAAUCUUCUUCUUUGUUUUACAGAAUUACAGUUGACCCUCCUCACAACUCUCUCUUUCUCUCUCCUCCACUCUUGAACUCGUCGGAGUAAUUGCAAUCGCAAAGCUUUAGGCACUCCAAUUUGAGCUUUUGAUUGGGGAAAAGAAGAGAGAGAAAAUGGCGAAAGCUGGAGGAAUUACAAAUGCGGUGAAUGUAGGGAUAGCAGUGCAAGCAGAUUGGGAAAAUCGGGAGUUCAUUUCUCAUAUAUCACUCAACAUUCGUCGUCUCUUCGAUUUUCUUGUGCAAUUUGAGUCUACAACAAAGAGUAAAUUGGCAGCACUCAAUGAGAAGCUUGAUACACUAGAACGUCGUCUUGAACUACUUGAAGUCCAAGUGAAUACUGCGUCAGCCAACCCUUCUGUUUUCAAGUGAUGUAAUUAGAUGGUGUUUUUAUAUAUGUAGGAAAGAGUACUUGUAAGUUGUAACUACUUCGGUGUUAAAAUUGCUCAGCAUAGUUGGAAAACAUUUUAGUAUAUCCUUGCAUCUUACAUACUAAAAGCUUCUCAUUUGGCUUGAACAAGAUCUUAAUGCUUGAUUCUUCUUCAGCUCAUUCAAGUAAUCUCUCUUCAGUGAUAUACACCGAUGUACGGUUAUUGGGAGGGAAGUAUUGUUCCUUGCUUCAUA